CCCGCCGCCAUCGCCGAUUCCCCUACCCCGCGGAUCACGCGCACGCCCCCACCCCCCCAACCGCAAUUCCCCUCCCUACGUGCGCGGAUCACGCGCCCGUCGCCUUGCCCCUACGAAUCCUGCCGCAAAACCCACCUACCGGCGCCACUACAGCACACCCGCCGCCAUGCCGCUCCCUACGCCCGCAACGAUCGCCUCCCUACGCGCGGGUGACCGGCAGCACCUCGUCUCUCUCGAUGUGCCAAUGGCGCCGCCUCCAUCCUACCCAGUCUCCACCUCUGUCACCGCGUUCGUCAAGGAGGAGGACGCCCCAACCCCUUUGGUGGCCUCCCCGAUGGCGCCGCCUCUGUCCUACCCGACCUCGAGUUCAUUGAGAUCCAGAAGGAGCAGGCGCAAACUUCUCCAUGCACGGGAGGUCAAGCGGAGUAUGCGCGAACUUCUUUGUGUUGUCGCCCGAGGCUGACUCCAGCAUCUCCUUCCUGGCCAGAUCCAUGGAGGCAUCGCAAGCCCAGAUCCCGCUGUCGUUAGGAGCUAAUGGUUGGUGCUCGUGUGGCACGGCAACGCGACGACGGAGCAAAUCGGAGAGCCUCGGUACAAGGUUUUCAUAAAUCCGAGCAUUAGUGAUGUCCUGUGCACAACAACAAUAGAGGCUCUUUCAAUGGGGAAAUUCAUGAUCUGCGCAAGACAUCCAUGAAAUGAGUUUUUCAUGUCAUUUUCCGAACUGUUUGACAUACAAGACUUCAGAGGAGUUUGUUGCGAGAGUGAAAGAGGCAAUGGAUAGAGAACCCCAACAGCUAACCCCUGAGCAAAGAUACAACCUUUCAUGGGAGGCAGCGACUGAGAGAUUCAUGGAGUACUCAGACCUUGACAAGGUUCUGAACAAUGAGGCUGCUCAGCCUAAACAAGGUAGGAAAAGAAAGAAUAAAAGAACCUCACAGCCUAAUUUGUUCGACAUCAUGGAUGGCGGUCUAGCGUUGGCCCAUCGAUGCUUAACCGGCAAUGAGGUUCUCAGGCUGGCAACCGAAGCCAUUCCUGGUACCCGGGACUACGAUAAGAGCAAUGUGUGGAUAUGGGUCUCUUGCCUCCUCAAGUACAACACCCUGUAUAUGGCUGGUGAUGACUGAUGAGCACCCAAAGCUAAUCGUAGAAAUGUGUAGUACAUGGACAUCAAAAGUUCAUGACUCCAGAAGACUGUCAGCACAAUAUUGUCUGCUUUUGCCAUUGAAUUAGAGAAACAUAGUCUUAAAAAUUUAAGAGCAUCUCUGGCCGCAGAGGGCGCGCCUGUGCCAACGACGGAAGCAAAGAAGCUGGCGUCCUCCAUCGCGAGGUCCAAGCAGGAGAUCACAGAGGACUUCUCGUCGAUUGGCAGGACAUGGCCCCCGCGGCGGUCUAAGAAGAGACCAGGUGCAACGACAACUCAAUGUAAGAAUUGCUGGAUUUUGUCUCCCCUCCAAAUUCAGUGUUUCAUGAGAUUUUUUCCCUUUUCCUUUAAUUUUCCUAUAUCACAAAGAAGAACCGAAAGGCGAGAGGAUUUCAUUUCACAGGUCGACUUGCUUCU